UGGGAGAAAACCCAGAGGGGCAGAGGGGAUCCCCAGUGUUGGUGCAGGGUGCCAGUACUGGGUGCACGAUGCUGAGUGCUCCAUCCAGGAGGCGGCAGGGACUUUAGCCGGGGGGUCUCACAGCUCACCCGCAGGCUGGGAGGAGCUGAGAACGGCAGAGCAGCCCCUGAAGCACGACCCAACCCCGCCCGCCGUGUAUGAGGCUGGGACGCAGUACGCAGGACCCGCGUCCACAGAGUCACUCCUUCCGAUGUCCCGGCAUGAGACUUCUCCGACAACGGUGCAACCCGCCAGCAACCACCGCCCCAACGCCUGCUGCUUCUGCUGGUGCUGCUGCUGCAGCUGCUCGUGGAACGAGGACCGAGAGCGAGCAUGGAGGGCAUCCCGGGAGACCAAACUGGAGACCAUCCCAAACUGUGAAGCGUGUGCCAAACCCACGCCAGAGGAGGUGCAGGGCUGGGCACAGUCCUUCGACAAGCUGAUGAAGAGCCCGGCGGGGCGCAACGUCUUCCGGGAGUUUUUGCGGACUGAGUACAGCGAGGAGAACAUGCUCUUCUGGCUGGCAUGUGAGGAGCUCAAAACCGAGUGCAACAAGCACACCAUCGACGAGAAGGCCAGGAUGAUCUACGAGGAUUACAUCUCCAUCCUCUCUCCCAAGGAGGUGAGCCUGGACUCGCGGGUGCGGGAGGUCAUCAACCGGAAGAUGCAGGAGCCGUCCUCGCACACCUUCGACGACGCACAGCUCCAGAUCUACACGCUGAUGCACAGAGACUCCUACCCUCGCUUCCUGAACUCUGCCAUUUACAAAUCGCUGCUCCAGACCGUCUCCCACUCCUCCUCGGAGUCCUAAGGGCACCCACCGGCCGUGGGGACACCAGUGGGGACAUGGUGGCCAGGGGCGGUCGGUGCCUCCUCCCCUCUGCCGCCCUCCUCGCCAGACCUCACCAAGUUUUUAGCUUUUUACCUAUGGACUGUCACCCCGGUGACUGGGCCACACUCCAGGACUGUCCCCAGGACACAGCCUGGGCCAGCUCAUACUACUGAUUGUCUGCCCCGUCCCCAGCGCUGGCCAGAGCGAGCUGGGACAGUGCCUGGGGCCUGGCUCCCCCACACCCUGUUUGGAAGAGGUCACUUCAUCCCAUCUCCACCACACCUGGGGACACAGCUCGUCCCCAUUUGCAACCUGAGACCCAGUUGGGGACUGGGUUGGGGUUUUUUUGAGGUGGGGGGGACGUUGACUGUUGUUGGUUUGGGUUUGUUUUUUUUUUUUUUAAUUUUAAAUGCUCUUCUGGUUGGCUUUUACUGGGGGACUUGAGGUGCGGGAGGGCGGGGUUGACGAGCAUCUCUGUACAUAUAAAAACUUGUCAGGUUUACCUCGCUCCAGCUGUUUGAGGUGGCCCAAAGGGCAGGGGGGUGGUGCUAGAGCCUGUUUGUAUUCCCAGUGGAUCCCAUGGAGCAGAGGGCAGAGCUCUGAGGUGCAAGAAGGGACCAUGGGGAUAUGCUCGGGGGGAGGGCAGGGGGUGUCUUACAGCUGCCUCCCCUGCCAGUCCCCAGGACACAUCAGCACUGCUUCAGCCCCAGGACACCACACACUGUCACCCCAAAGCAUCCUCCAUCCCUGGUUCAUGGACUCAGGGGGAAAAUAUGUGUGCAGUUGUCUGCCCUUCUGCAGGUACCAGGACAGCUGCAUGAGAGAGCUCCCAGCUGGCCCAGAGCUGCCCUGCCAGCAGGGAGAAGCCCAGGGGUCUGCCCUGGUCCCUCACUGAGCAGGGACUUGGGUUCCAUGCAGGAUGGGAAGUGUCACAGGGAGGAUACAGAAUUCCCAUGUUUUUGCACAGCACAAGGAAUGAUUUACUGAAGGCUCAGUGUCCAGGAUUAAAACAUGCCUGUCCCUGCCCUUUAACAGUGAAACAAAGCCAACACAGGGGUUUUGCUGCCAGUCUUUGCUUUUCCUGAUCCAUCACAGCAGUUUCUUAUUUAUCCACCCCCUACCCAUCUCUCUCCAGCCCUUCCAAAAGAAAAAAAGUGCUUUUUAUUGAACAUGUUUUUUAAACAAACCAAUUCUUUCAGGGUUUUUUUUGUUUUUGUUUCCUUCCUUCCUCAUGGCAUGACUGUGUGGAAAUUCAUGUCAGUAAAUUUAGUUUUCUUUGCCAAGUUGGAAAUACAGUUCAAGAAAAUGUA